UCUUCUCUCUCACGCCAGAUGCAGGGCGUCACUGUGCACUCCCCCUCCACUUCUUCGCGCGGAAGAAUCCGCCCGCGGCACGGACCGGAAGCUUCGCGGUCGUCUUCUCUCCUGUUCGAGGCGACUGCGUUUCGGCGAUUCGCGACGAGGCGACGGCGAUUCGGGCGCGCUAGGGAGCCGGUCCGCGUCGGAGCUGUGGACGACGAAGCCGAGGUGGUCAGCAAGGUGCUCCGUUCAAGACCGAAGACGAAGAGGGCGCAAAUCCGGCUCCCUCCAGGUUCGUCGCCACUACUUGGUUGCUUUCACCGUCCGACCAUCGACUCCAGCAUCGGAUCCCCAAUCCAGCAGUUCGAAUCGUCUUAUUACCGCCCAAAUCUUCGGAUCUUGAGGUACGCCCUUGGACCCGUAAUGAUUAUGUUACUCUUCCGCACAUCUUUCAACAUCUUUUUAAUACGGCAAUCCAGUUAUCCUUUGAACCGUAAGAUAUUUCAUCCGCAAACAACCGAUGAAUCCCCAGUUCACUCAUUUCCGCGGAUCUGCUCUGCCUAUUAGGGUUUCACACUUCUAAGGUACUGACCCGGUUAAUGUAUUUCAAACUUGGUCCAACUAAUUUUGGUUGUGCUUACAAUUCGGGCGUCAGGUUUUUCACCUGCCAUAAAUUUGUAAUCCCUAAACUACGAAGUUGCUUGCAUACUGGCUUCAACUCUAGUCGUCUCCAAUUAAUUUAGGAUGACCACUGUCCACAACAACAGGUCAUUUUUAUAAAAUGUAGUAGAGUGAUAAUAGUUGGGUGCCCAACAAUGUGUUAAUUCAACCAACUCAGUGUAAUGUUCAUUGUUUAUUAUGCGUUCUAAAACUCUCAUUGACAUAAUCAGAGGGGGCAUUACUUCUGAACUUAGUAUGCCUCAAGUUCAUUCAUAGUGUGAGGUCUAUGGGAACCCUCAUUGUGUUGCUGUACUACCCCCCAAUUUGUUUGUCACCCUUGUAUACGAGUGGACGAAACUAAACAAUUGUCCACCUUCAUAUAGUAGGUUUCUAUAUUCAUACAACAACUUCUUUAUUUCUGUUGUAGUAUUGUGUAUAACCCUAAAUUAAUUGUGUUGUAGUAUUGUGCAUAUCUUCCCAUUAACAUUAAGUUUUCUUUUGCAAGAUAUGGUUUGAGCAGACAGUUAUUUAUUAUGUUCAUUAUGUUUGUGCUUGCAUGGAGUACAUACCUUGUUUUUUGUAUCCUACAAUGUUUUGUUCAACCCUCGCAUUAAAGCAUUGUUUGUUUCUUACAUGGAGUGCAUUGUUUGUUAUUUAUUUCCUUAACUGUUAUAUACAAGACUGACAUCAAACAUCUGUUAGUGCUGGACAAUGAGUGCAUUGCUUCUAUUUCUAGUCCAUGAGCACAUGAUACAACAAUAUAUCGAACUUGUCAGAUUUAUGGUAUUCCUAAUUCCCAUAAGUUGGCCUUACCUGUCAUAACAAUUCCAGUCUUAUACUAAUAUAAUUAUGUUAUGUUCCAUGGUUGAAUAUGACUAGUACAAUUGAAAUCUUUACUUGUUGCAUGCAACAUCAUUGAUAAAUAUGUAGGCCUGUUCUGAAUUCGUUCCGCCUGUUUGGUUCAUAAGGAAAUCGUAGUGUUUGUUCAUUUAUUAUUCUUUGCAGCACAGUUACGAAUGACAUCCUCGAAAGAAGACACCAUGAAGUCUUUGGUUAAAGUACUUGUCGACUGUGCCGAGGAUGCCACAAAAUCCCUUCGUGGAUUAGUAGAUCAUGCAUUAGACCACAUGCAUGACGAAGAGAUAUUAGCUAGAACCCUCUUUGCCAUGAAAGAAAAACUUGAUUUGCUUCACCAAGAUGCCUUAGAGGCAAAAGUCCAAGCUUUUCCUGAAAUUGCUAAGUACGAGGGGGAUGACAUAAGUGUUCAACCGACAUCUCCUUCGACCCCUCCAACAGUUACUGAACCAUCUGUCGACGAAGAGGAGUUCUACUGCCCGGAUGUGAGUGACGAGUGGUACUUCAGCGACUCAGAUAGGUCAACUCGUAAUAGCUAUUGGAAUAUUUAUUAGUUGACUGUACUCGAGAUGUACAAGCAGGAUUUGCUUUUGAACAACCCACUACUGGGGUUCUCGUAGUUGUCAUGUUGUCGAACUAGUCGUGUCAUGUAUGUCUAAUUCUCCAUGCUACCUCGUCCGCUUAAGUUAGUAUGAUGUCCAGAACGUUGUCGUCUGCGAACUGUGAUGACUCUUAAAUGUUCUGAUGCUAGUCCUUAAUAAGUUGAUGAAAUUAUGGUUCUAUUAUUUGAGUGUCUUUAUAUGCUUUGUCUUAAGUUUAACGUACCUCGAUUUGUCGAUUGGCUACAAUGUGUUUCAAAAGACUAAAUGUGUGCCAUCUCCACAUAUCCUAGCAUGGACCCUGCCAGCAAUGCGACAUCGUCGCAGGCGAUGUCGAAUCCGUCAAAUGCCCAGCAAUUUCCUCCACCACCACCCUUAUGGCCAACAGGUUACAUGCAGCAGAAUCCAGUCGAUUGCAACAUGAUGGGAAACAUUAAUUUUCCUAGUCCUGGUCAAGGUCCAACUACAAUGUGGGCGCCAAUUCAGGCAGGGAACACUAGUUCCCAAUCAACCAUGAUCCCUGCUUCCCAAUCUGCACUAUAUUGGAAUCACUACAUGAAUUUUGUGAGGAACCCUCUUGGCUCGGUGGGAAUGAGUCCAUACACGGAUUCAUAUCCACCUUCACUAUCAAGUACACCGUUGCAGGGUUCUAAUACUAUACCACAAAUGCCUGUAAACUUGGAGUCAGAUGCUGAACACAGUGUUCAGGACAUCAAUAGUCCUGAGAAAAAUGCACCUCCAGUUCAAAAACAAAAGAAAUCUAAGGAACAAAACUUUACAGCCCCAGAAGACAGACUCCUUUGUACUACUUGGUUGCAAAUAAGUAGUGACCCCAUUGUGAAUACUGGGCAAAGGAGGGAGGGUCUCUGGGCCAGAAUUGAAAAAAGGUACAAUGAACAAAGGGGGGAAUUUCCUUGUCGACUUAACAGAGCACUCAGUAGCCGAUGGGACAAGAUAAGGGCUGAUGUCAGUAAAUUCUCUGGAUACUACGCGAGAGUUCUACGAGAAAAACAAAGUGGUCUAAGUGAUGACGAUAAGACAUCGAAGGCAGCCACAUUGUUCGCUCAUGAGGAGGGCAAACCAUUUCAUUAUAUGCACUGCUGGCAUCAACUGAAGGGGGAACCCAAAUGGGAGAGCAUAUGUCAAGGACACUCUUUUAGAGGAUUACAUGCAAGAUCAUUACCUUCGUCGGGGUGUCCAUCAGUGCAAACACCGGAGACUGACAGUGGAUCCGCUGGACUCUCAGGAAAAAGGCCCCAUGGCCGUGAUUUCAGUAAAGCUGAGAGAAAGAAAGCUGGUUCAUCUUCGUCCCCGGAGUACUUAAGCCGAUUACAAGAAAUUACUGAGAAACAAAUACAGAGGUCCAUUGAAAAGGGGGAAAAAAAGAAAAGACCACUGAAGAAGAUAGGGAGAUACAAAAGAAGAGAUUGGACUUGGAAGCCCAAAAGUUAAGCAUAAGAC